AUGGUGUAUAACUAUGUACACCAUGUACGCCGCACGAUGCACUCGGAACUCAACUACUGUCGCACGUCGGCCCGUGAUAUCUGGUCUGAAGUCAACACCAUGAAGACAAGUGGCAAUCGUACCUGGGCCGGGGGGGGGGGCGGUGUGAUAGGAGGUGGCAACACUGGAAACACCGGUGGCGGUAACUUUGGCGGAAACGACUGUACCGCUUGCUGCUCUGGUGGAGGUGCUGGUCCAGCUGGACAGCCAGGAAACCCUGGACGACCAGGAAACCCCGGAGCUCCUGGAGCCCCAGGAAACCCAGGAAGACAAACUACUCAACCAUGCCCCCUGGACCACCUGGACCACCAGGAGCCCCUGGACGCCGGAGAUCCUGGACGCGACGGAAACCCAGGAGGACCCGGAAACCCAGGAGGACCAGGAACACCCGGACCAAAGGGACCACCAGGACCCAGCGGAAACCCUGGAAGCCCAGGAUCCCCAGGACAGCCUGGACAGCCCGCCAAUUUUCCAUACCAGCCAGCCCCGGAGCCCCCGGGCCAGCCGGAGCACCCGGCCCUGCUGACCACCGACAACGACAAGCCAGGAACAUCCAGGAGCACCAGGUAUAGUUCAAACUCUUUGUCAAAUUCUGAAACCCUGGGCCACAAGGGGCCACCUGGAAGCAAUGGUCAGCCUGGUGCACCAGGAAACCCAGGAACACCCGGAGACAGUGGCACCCCGGGAACACCUGGAGAACGGGGUAUUUGUCCCAAGUACUGCGCACUCGAUGGUGGUGUCUUCUUCGAGGAUGGAAACUCGGUCGAUAAAAAAAUCAGAUGUCAUUAG